GAAAAUUUUUACUCGUCCUUUUCGCCCCAUCCCCACCGGAUUCAACGGACCCCCCCACGCGGGCGGUCGGCGAUGGCCACGACCGCGCAGCCGUCUACGCCGCCUCCGCCGGCGGCGGAGCCCGGUGAGGUGAUCGAGGUGGAGAGCUCGGAGGCGGGCUCGCCAGAUGCCGGCAGCCGGAGCAGCAGCAGCGGCAGCGGGAGCGGGCGGAGCACGUCGGAGUACUCCGGGUGGGUUUACCACCUCGGCGUCAACUCCAUCGGCCACGAGUACUGCCACCUCCGCUUCCUCGUCAUCCGCGGCAAGUGCGUCGCCAUGUACAAGCGCGACCCGCACGACAACCCGGGGCUCGAACCUAUCCGAAAAGGUGUUGUUAGUCACACUCUUAUGGUGGAGGAGCUUGGUCGCCAGAAGGUUAACCAAGGGGAUGUUUAUGUCUUGAGGUUGUACAAUAGGUUGGAUCAAACGAAGAAAGGCGAGAUUGCAUGUGCAACUUCUGGUGAAGCUCGGAAAUGGAUAGAAGCAUUUGAGCAGGCCAAACAACAGGCUGACUAUGACCUCGCAAAAGGGAUUAAAUGGAACAGACUGCAGAAUGACAAUGAGUUUAAUCUUGAUGGGCAUCGACCCCGGGUAAGGAGAUAUGCACAAGGCUUGGGGAAACUUGUACGCAUCGGCAAAGGGCCAGAAAUGCUCCUUCGGCAGUCCUCAGAUCUUCAGAGCCGUGAAAGGGUUAACACAAACUUUGGAGGUGAUACUGGAGAUGCACUUGAAGCCCAUGAAUGGAGAUUUGUUAGAACAUUAAAUGGGAUAAGAAUUUUUGAAGAUAUUGCAAACUCAAAGGUGAAGAAGUUCUUUUGCUUUGCAAGGGUGGAAAGGGUAUACUUCUUAAGUCUGUUGGCGUUGUUGGUGCAAAUCCUGACACAGUGUUUGAAAUGGUUCUCAGUCUUGAUAAGCAUAAGCGAUACGAGUAAGCAAGCAGUUGAUUUGUACUUGACAAUAAAUAUGUGGGAUAUGUUGAUUGCUGAUUUGGAAUUGGUGGAGACAAUUGAUGGGUACUACGAUGUGGUUUACGGGACCUAUGAGCCGAAAUAUUUAAAUUGGUGGAAAUCAAAGAAGGAUUUUGUGUUUUCUAGACAAUGGUUUCGUGCACAAGAUGGGGCAUAUAAUAUUUUGCAGAGUCCUGUCAGUCACAAGAAAAAACCUCCACAGCAUGGCUAUGAGCGUACACAUAUCAACCCCACAACAUGGGAAAUAAGGAGGUUGGACACGUCAGGAUCAUCAACUCCAAAGUGCGUUGUUACUCGUAUGGUGGAGAUCUCUCUCAGUUUUUGGGAUAGAUGGAAGAGAAGGACCUCCUCACAGUUCGAUAGAAGUAUCCCUUUUGCUUUGCUCAGCCAAGUAGCAGGUCUAAGAGAAUACUUUGCAGCAAAUCCAGCCUUGACAUCUGAUUUGCCCUCAACAGUAGUGAAGCCAAAAGCAUCUGAACCUUUGAUCAUCCAGAGUGAACUUGAAGAUUCUGAGCCUAAUGAUGAGUUCUAUGAUGCACUUGUUAGAGGAGAAUCCUUUGAAGACGAGGAUAGUGAUGAUGAUGAUGAUGAUGAUGGUGUUACAACCCCUACGGCUGGAAAGGUGAAGUUGAAGAACGUAUCAUGGGCUAUUGCAGGUUUUGCUAUGAAGCGAAGUAAAGCUUCUCUUGAGAGGAGUGAGUUGGUUACAAAUUCUAUUCCCAUAACUUUUGAUCCAAGCCAUUUCCAUGGCACCAUUCGACGAGCAAAAAGUGAAGAUGACCCAAACUCUUGGAGUGUACCUGGUGGAGAGAAGUUUAUGAUAAGAGGGAAGACUUACUUGACAGAUAAUACCAAGAUUGCUGGAGGAGAUCCUCUUCUAAAGCUUAUUGCAGUUGAUUGGUUCAAGGUUAAUGAUCGCUUUGACUCAGUUGCUUUGCACCCUAAAAGCCUUGUUCAGUCUGAAGCUGCAAAGAAGAUUCCCUUCAUACUGGUUAUAAACUUGCAGGUUCCAGCUAAACCAAACUAUAACUUGGUUAUGUACUACGCGGCAGAGAAGCCAGUGAACAAAGAAUCUCUGUUGGGAAGAUUCAUUGAUGGAACUGAUGCAUUCCGAGAUGCCAGAUUUAAACUUAUACCAAGUAUUGUUGAGGGUUAUUGGAUGGUAAAGCGUGCAGUUGGGACGAGAGCUUGUCUUCUGGGCAAAGCAGUAACAUGCAACUAUCUCCGGCAGGAUAACUUUCUGGAGAUAGAUGUUGACAUUGGUUCCUCAUCUGUUGCACGGAGCAUUAUUGGUCUUGUCCUGGGAUAUGUGACGAGCAUUGUCGUUGAUCUUGCUAUUCUAAUUGAGGCAAAGGAAGAGAAAGAUCUGCCCGAGUAUAUUCUUGGCAGUGUUCGCCUAAACCGUAUAAAUCCUGAGUCUGCUGUAGCAAUCUAAGUUCAUUUCAUUUCUUCGCUCAAGUUUCCCCUUCUCCCACUCCAAGAGCUGCAUGGUGCUGGUGGAUCUGUCGCAAUUUUCCGUUAUCCUCUUGUGUGAUUGUGAUGAUCCUAAAUCGAGAACUGCCACAUGUACAGUACAGAGCACAUACAUGGUUUCUUUCGUACAUACUUCAUGUGCAAAACUGCAAAUACAAUAAGUUGAUGGUGUAAUCAGGUUUUGCUUAGUUAGAGAAGAGAAAAUAAGUGGGCUGUAAAGUAGUGGCUGACAUGUCAGGGGAUCCUCCUCCCCGUUUCUAGAUGCAAAAAAUCCUAACUUUGUUCUAGGUCGAACUUGGUAUCUACAAAUGUCAAUUAAGUAUAUUAUAAAAAAAUAUUAUGAUGAAUUAAUAAAACUAAUUUAGAGUAA